CCUUCUACAAGGUGAGUCAGUGAAGGGAGCAAUGAGGAGCAGGACAACACUGACCUUUGGCUCCUCCUGGACCGCCCCAGCAGUCUGACUUGGGAGCCCUGGCGAAGAUGAGCAAGUCGAGCGCAGACAAGGCAGAGAUUCCCAACGAGCCGUGGGAACCAAGCCCCGGCCCACCCUGUCCGGGGACCCCAGACAAAGCCCCGGCCCCCAAGAGCCAGGCCUUCUCUGCGGCCCGGAGCCGGAGCCGGGGCCGCCUCUUGGGCCGCUGCCACUCGGACGAGGCUUCGGCGAUGGACUCCCACCAGGAAGGGGAGCCGGCCCCGUGCCCCAUCAUUCAGCUCAGCCCCAUGGUGGAAAGGCCCCUGAGUGACGAGCGGUCUGGGCCGCAGCCGCCUCAGGACCCCUCCGCCCCCGCCUCGGAAAAGUCCCUCAAGCUCUACGACCGCAAGAAGAUCUUCGAGGCCGUGGCCCAGGGCAGCUGCGAGGAGCUCGGGGACCUGUUGGUCUACCUCCAGCGCAGCCUGAAGAAGCUCACCGACAGCGAGUUCAAAGACCCGGAGACCGGGAAGAGCUGCCUGCUCAAAGCCAUGCUGAACCUCCACAACGGCAAGAACGAGACCAUCCCCCUCCUGCUGGACAUCGCCCGGCAGACCGGCAACCUGAGAGAGUUCGUGAACGCCAGCUACACCGACAGCUACUACAAGGGCCAGACAGCGCUGCACAUCGCCAUUGAGAGGCGCAACGUGGCUCUGGUGAUGCUCCUGGUGGAAAACGGCGCCGAUGUCCACGCCGCCGCCCACGGGGACUUCUUUAAGAAAACCAAAGGCAGGACCGGCUUCUACUUUGGUGAGCUGCCCCUGUCCCUGGCGGCCUGCACCAACCAGCUGGCCAUCGUGCAGUACCUGCUCCACAACCCCCACCAGGCGGCCGACAUCCAGGCCAAGGACUCGGUGGGCAACACGGUCCUGCACGCGCUCGUGGAGGUGGCGGACAACACGGCCGAGAACACCAAGUUUGUGACCAGCAUGUACAACGAGCUGCUGAUCCUGGGGGCCAAGAGCCAGCCGGCGCUCAAGCUGGAGGAGAUCACCAACAAGAAGGGGCUCACGCCGCUGGCGCUGGCCGCCAAGAGCGGCAAGAUCGGGGUCCUGGCCUACAUCCUUCGCCGAGAGAUCCAGGAGCCCGAGUGCAGGCACCUGUCCCGCAAGUUCACCGAGUGGGCCUACGGGCCCGUGCACUCGUCCCUCUACGACCUGUCCUGCAUCGACACCUGCGAGAAGAACUCGGUGCUGGAGGUGAUCGCCUACAGCAGCAGCGAGACCCCCAACCGCCACGACAUGCUGCUGGUCGAGCCCCUGAACCGGCUCCUGCAGGACAAGUGGGACCGCUUCGUGAAGCGCAUCUUCUACUUCAACUUCUUCGUCUACUCCGUGUACAUGGUCAUCUUCACGUGCGCCGCUUACUACCGGCCCAUGGGCGACCGGCCUCCCUUUCAGUUCGACCACAGCCUCGGCGCCUGCUUCCGCGUCACGGGGGAACUGCUGUCGGUUCUGGGGGGCAUUUACUUCUUUUUCAGAGGGGAAAGCGCCGGCUCUGUGCUCUGCAGAGGCAGCUGGGAUGGGGGAGGCUGCCCUCCACCCGUGGGUCUCUGUGCCCUGCAGAUCCAGUACUUUCUGCACCGGAGGCCUUCUCUCAAGACUCUGUUUGUGGACAGCUACAGCGAGGUGCUCUUCUUUGUCCAGUCCCUGUUCCUGCUGAUCUCGGUGGCGCUGUACUUCAGCCAUUACAAGGAGUACGUGGCCUUCAUGGUGUUCUCUCUGGCCAUGGGCUGGACCAACAUGCUCUACUACACGCGCGGCUUCCAGCAGAUGGGCAUCUACUCCGUCAUGAUCGAGAAGAUGAUCUUGAGAGACCUGUGCCGCUUUAUGUUUGUCUACAUCGUCUUCCUGCUUGGAUUUUCCACAGCGGUGGUGACACUGAUCGAGGACAGAAAGAACGAGACGGAGACCUCGUGCCACGGGGGGCGGCGCUUCCCCGGCUGCAAGCCCUGCGCCAGCUCCUACAACAGCCUCUACUCCACCUGCCUGGAGCUCUUCAAGUUCACCAUCGGCAUGGGGGACCUGGAGUUCACCGAGAACUACGACUUCAAGGCCGUCUUCAUCAUCCUGCUGCUGUCCUACGUCAUCCUGACCUACAUCCUGCUGCUCAACAUGCUCAUCGCCCUCAUGGGGGAGACCGUCAACAAGAUCGCCCAGGAGAGCAAGAACAUCUGGAAGCUCCAGAGAGCCAUCACCAUCCUGGACACCGAGAAGAGCUUCCUGAACUGCAUGAGGAAGGCCUUCCGGUCAGGGAAGCUGGUGCAGGUGGGCUACACUCCUGAUGGCAGGGAGGACUUCAGGUGGUGCUUUCGAGUGGAUGAGAUCAACUGGACCACUUGGAACACCAACCUGGGUAUCAUCAACGAGGACCCCGGAAACUGCGAAGGGAUCAAGCGCACCUUGAGCUUCAAUUUACGCUCCAGCCGAGUUUCAGGGAAGCACUGGAAGAACUUUCCUCUGGUCCCGCUUUUGCGGGACGGGACCAGCCGGGACCGGCGCUCCAACCCUCCCGAGGAAGUGCAGCUGAGACCCUUCUCGGGGUCCCUGAGGCCCGAAGAUGCCGAGGUCUUCAAGGAGCCUCUGGCGCUGCCCCCGCAGUGACGCCGGGCCGGCCUCCGGCCCCUCCCUCCCCGCACGCCCGGGAAACUCGCGGCUCAGGGAGCGGGGGUGCGGGGCGGGGCCCGAACUUGCCCCACCCCGCGGCUGUUGCUCUGGCCCCGCCUGCUCGUCGCUGGGAGGUAUCGGGCGGCUCUUCGGGGAGGGAGGGCGAGCCCCCUCAGGCCGCCGGCUCGGCCCCUCUCCUGGCCCUACCCCACGCAGCCCCCUCCCCCACGCCGCCCCGGAUGGUAGAGAUGGCUGCCCACCUUAGCCGGACCCCGCCGCCGUCAGUCUGCCGCUUCUUAGCCCCCGGCCCCUGGGUCCCAGCUGUGUUUGUGCCCGCGCUGCAGGCCUGAGGGGGACAUGUCCCCGGCCCUCGUCCCGAGGCUCCCCCAGCCUUCUCUCCGUCGCGGACCCUUCCCGAGUCCUGUCCAGUGUAGAAAAUAAAUACAUGGGAUCAGCAAAA